AUGGAUUUUCAAGCCAACAAAGCCAUCAGUUGUACCAAAUAUCGGUUCCUGUACUUCAACCCAAACUUCACUAAAUCUCUCAAAUGGCAGUGGCUCUGUAACCAACAUGGACCCAUCGAGUAUAGAAACCGGAAACGUAAGAUAAUUGGAUCACCUCCAUCGGUGAAUUCAAAAACUAAACAAAAGAAAGCAAGGCCAGGUUCGAACAUUACAGGACCAUCGAGUUCUGGUCUUCCACCAUUGUUUGAAACAGAUUCAAAUCCUGAAGCUACUCAGUGUCCAAACCAAAACAAAACAAAUGAAUUCAUUCGUCCACCAAGGUUCAUCGUACAUGACCAUCCUGAAGCUUAUAAUAAUCGAUAUGAAAUGGAGAGUGAGUCUGAAAAUGAAGAUGAAUAUGACGACAAUCAGACUUACAGUGGCUAUCCUGGUGGAGAGUCUUUGAUAAACCCAUCACCACAACAUAUCCCACAACAAGAAAAUCAUACCGUUACUUCAUCUAUUACUAUAGGGUUACAAAAAAACGGUUAUUACGACGAAGGGGAUCCAGUUUGGAAUUGUAGGUUUUGUCAAGCAUACAUGUGGUAUGGUGAAAGAAUUGGAAAACGCCGUCGUAGCAAGAAACCUGUCUUCUCAAUGUGUUGUAAACAUGGAAAAGUUGUGCUUCCUCGCCUCGCGAAUCCUCCAAUGGAGUUAAUGUAUUUGUUAUGCAAAGGAGACGAAUUAAGUAAACAUUAUCGAGAGUUUAUCCGAGCUUACAAUAUGAUGUUCUCUUUCACAUCACUUGGGGGGAAGAUAGAUCAUUCUAUUAACAAUGGUCGUGGACCAUUUGUUUUUCGAAUGUCCGGUGAGAACUAUCAUCGUAUUGGUGAUAUAGUUCCCGAGCCUGGACAAGCUCCAAAAUUCUCCCAGCUGUAUAUCAUUGAUACUUUAAAUGAGAUAAAAAAUAGACUUGACGCUUAUGCCGGGUCGGACGGAGCUAGCGCUAAGAAACUAAGAGAACCACUUGUUCUUCUUCUGCAGAAUAUGUUAGAUCAGUAUAAUCCUCAUGUUAAGGCUUUUAGAUCUGCAAGAGAUAGGUUCGACGUGGAAGGAUCAACAGGUUAUAGGAUGAGGUUGAUUGAAAGUCGGCAAUCUGAUGGACGGACCCAUAAUCUGCCCACUGCAAAUGAAGUUGCUGCUUUGAUACCUGGAGAUUUUGUUUUAAAUAUGGAGCCCCGAGAUAUUGUUCUAGAGAGUACAAGUGGAAAGUUGCAAAGGAUAAGUGAAUUACAUCCGGCGUAUUUGCCUCUGCAGUAUCCACUAUUGUUUCCAUAUGGAGAGGAUGGUUUUCGAUUCAAUAUUCCAAUUGGUUUUGAAGACACGGCUGGGAGAAAACGCAAAAAUGUAACUAUGCGUGAAUACUUUGCAUUUCGCAUUUUAGAGAGGAAGGGGGAAGCACCCACGAUUACGAGAUCCGGAAGAUUGUUUCAUCAGUUCCUUGUGGACGCCUACACAAUGAUAGAAUCGAGUAGACUGCGUUACUUAUGGCUGAAUCAGAAAAAACUCCGGUCAGUUAGUUAUGAUGCAAUCCAGAAGGUAGCUGCAAAAGGCGGAGCUAAGAUGGCUGAGCAAGGGAGCCGAAUUUUCAUUCCAGCAACUUUCACCGGAGGAAAACGUUAUAUGAAGCAGCAUUACUAUGAUGCCAUGGCUUUGUGCAAGUACUAUGGAUUUCCAGAUCUUUUCAUCACUUUUACGUGCAAUCCAAAAUGGCCUGAAGUUACAAGGUAUCUGAAAAAAUAUAACCUUACCGCCGAAGACAGACCUGAAAUUUUGUGUAGAGUUUUCAAGAUGAAACUCGAUAAUCUUAUUGAGUUUUUGACAAACAAGGACGGCUCCUUAUUUGGCCCAGUUUCUGCAGUAAUGUACACGAUUGAGUUUCAGAAAAGAGGAAUGCCACACGCUCAUAUUCUCGUAUUCAUGCAAAAUGGAGCCAAAUUUCCAACAGCUGAUCAUAUAGACACUAUUAUAUCGGCUGAGAUACCUGACAAGACGGUAGAUCCAGACCUGUAUGCAAUCGUUGGGGAUUGUAUGAUGCAUGGUCCUUGCGGUCCAGCAAAGAAGGAUAAUGUAUGUAUGGUUAACGGUAAAUGCUCUAAGAUGUUUCCGAAACGACUGAACAUCAGGACAUCGAUUGACGCAAAUGGAUUUCCAGCUUACAUGCGUCGUAUUGAUGGUAGGUUCAUUGAGAAAAAUGGAAUCAGAUUAGACAAUGGAUAUGUUGUACCUUACAAUAGAAACCUCAUGCUUAGAUAUCACGCGCAUAUGAAUGUCGAGUGGUGCAUCCAAACGCGUGCUGUUAAGUAUCUUUUCAAAUAUAUCCAUAAGGGACCUGAUUAUGCUUCAGCUGCAAUGGAUAAAGAAGAUGAAGAUGGUGUCAUCGACGAAAUCAAAACAUAUUACGACUGCAAAUAUAUAACUGCAUGCGAGUCAUCGUGGCGGGUUCUUGCUUUUCCUACACAUUUUCGUACUACUUCUGUAGAGAAACUUGGAUUUCAUCUCCCUGAUCAGGAGCUGGUGUUUUUUGAUGAAGAUGAACCUAUUGAGAGUAUCCUCAAGAAAAAAUCUGUCAACCAAUCCAUGUUUCUGGCGUGGUUCAUAGCAAAUCAAAAAUAUCCAGAGGCAAGAGAUUUGACAUAUGCCGAAUUUCCAACAAAAUUUGUUUGGAAAGCAAGUAUGAGAGAAUGGGUACCACGUAAACGAGGCUUUGCGAUAGGGAGGAUUGCACAUAUUAAUCCAGCACAAGAUGAGCUAUAUUUCUUAAGAGUAAUGCUAAAUUGGGUAAGAGGGCCGAAAUCGUACGAGGAUAUAAGAACAGUUGAUGGUGUUGUAUAUUCUACAUACGAAGAUGCUUGCUAUGCUUUGGGUUUGAUGGAUGAUGACAAGGAAUACAUAGAAGCUAUCAAAGAUUGUAGUGAUAAUAGUUCUGGCACGUAUGCGAGGAAGUUUUUUUCGAGAAUGUUGGUAUCCAAAACAUUAUCUCAGCCUCACGUUGUGUGGGAAGCUACUUGGGAGUAUCUAACCGACGAUAUUCUCUACAAGAAACGACGAGAAACUGGAAAUCCCGAGUUGAUCUUGACCAUAGAUCAUAUCAAAAACAUUGCUCUAACCGAGAUUGAAAAUCAUUUGCUUAGCAAUGGUCGUAGCCUCCAGAAAUGGCCCCUAAUGCCAAAGCCAGAUGAUUUUGGUUGUUACAACGGCAAUCGCCUUAUAGAUGAUGAGCUUAAGUAUGUUGUGGAAGAUCAGCUAAAGGAAAAUGAAAGACUUAUGGCGAUGAUAACAGAUGAGCAAAGAGGGGUUUACAACGAGAUUUUGGAUGCAGUUUUAAAUGAUAGCGGUGGAGUGUUCUUUCUUUAUGGUUAUGGAGGCACAGGUAAAACCUUCGUAUAUAGAGCACUCUCAUCAGCAAUCCGAUCUAGACGUAUGAUUGUUCUAAAUACCGCAUCCAGUGGAAUUGCUGCAUUAUUGUUGGAAGGAGGUAGAACCGCACAUUCCAGGUUUGGUAUUCCGAUAGAUGCCGACGAGUUUACUACUUGCAAGAAAAUGGAGCAGGAUCAGAUCGUGCAGAAUUAG